CCUAAAUAAACAUAACUACUACUACUUGGAUUCGUGCAGCAUACAAAAUUACUUUCAUUUUAUUUUAGAAACGUGUUAUCGCCAGCUGAUGAAGUUUUAGUAACAUGGCGUUUUCUGUUCGCGCUACAACAAGAAACUUAAAUAAGCUUCAAUUUAUAAGGAGGUGCUUUUCUGACCAAGCAUUCCCAAAGAUCACCACUCAUUACACUGUCCACCCCAGAGAUCAAGAUCCAAGAUGGAAAGAGGUAGAAAUGGAAAGGUUCGAAGAUCAGACAGAUCUGUUGAUUAUUGGUGGUGGUCCAGCUGGUAUGGCUGCAGCAGUUAGAGCCAAGCAAAUUGCAGAAAAAGAAGGAAAGGAACUCAGAGUAUGUGUGGUUGAGAAAGCAGCUGAAGCUGGUGGACACAUCUUGUCUGGUGCUUGCAUUGAUCCAAUUGCUCUUAAUGAACUGAUACCAGAUUGGAAAGAGAAGGGAGCCCCAUUGAACACACCAGUAACUGAAGAUAAAUUUGGUUUCUUAACUGAAACUGGAAGAAUUCCAAUUCCUAUUCUUCCAGGUUUCCCAUUGAACAAUCAUGGUAACUAUGUGGUAAGAUUGGGUCACUUUGUUAAGUGGCUUGGUGAGCAAGCUGAAGCUUUGGGAGUUGAAGUAUAUCCGGGUUAUGCGGCUUCCGAAAUUUUAUAUCACGAAGAUGGAAGCGUUAAGGGUGUAGCAACAAACGAUGUAGGUAUCGCCAAGGACGGAAGUCCAAAAGACACAUUCGAGAGAGGAAUGGAAUUGCACGCUAAGUGUACGAUAUUCGCGGAAGGUUGCCAUGGUCACUUAGCGAAGCAGUUAACAAAGAAAUUCAAUUUGAGGGAGAAGAGUGAAACUCAAACUUAUGGCAUAGGAUUGAAGGAAGUUUGGGAGAUUGAGCCCUCUAAACACAGACCAGGAUUGGUAGAACACAGCAUCGGAUGGCCCUUGGAUAAGUUCACUUACGGGGGAUCUUUUCUGUAUCAUUUGAAUGAGCCAACGCCCCUAGUGGCCGUAGGAUUCGUGGUAGGAUUGGAUUACACCAAUCCGUACCUAAGUCCGUUCAGGGAAUUCCAACGUUUCAAGCAUCACCCCUCGGUAAAGCCAACAUUCGAAGGAGGAAAUCGCAUCGCUUAUGGAGCCAGGGCUUUAGCGGAGGGCGGUUUCCAGAGUGUACCUAAACUGACAUUCCCCGGUGGUUGUCUGGUGGGUUGUUCCGCAGGGUUCUUGAACGUGCCUAAGAUUAAGGGCACUCAUAAUGCCAUGAAGAGUGGAAUGUUGGCUGCCGAAAGUGCAAUUGAAGCCAUGAACGGUGAGAAGCAGUCUACGGAAAGUUUCGAACCUAAGAGCUACAUAGAUAAAUUACAAAACAGUUUUGUCUGGAAGGAACUAAAGGAAGUGAGGAACUGCAGGCCAUCUUUCCACAACCCGUUGGGUUUGUAUGGAGGUGUCAUGUACAGCGGUUUCUCUUUGAUCAUCAAAGGCAAAGAACCUUGGACCUUCUCGCACGGAGAUCCAGACCAUAAACGCCUGAAGGCAGCCAAGGACUCAACCCCGAUUGAUUAUCCUAAGCCCGAUGGAAAGAUCAGUUUCGACCUCUUAUCUUCGGUUGCCCUAACGGGAACCAAUCACGAGGGCGAUCAACCGGCCCAUCUGACAUUAAAAGAUGAUACGAUCCCCGUUAAAAACAAUUUGGGUGUUUAUGAUGGCCCAGAAGGACGGUUCUGCCCUGCCGGUGUAUACGAGUUUGUGCCAUUGGAAAGCGGAGACGGACAAAGGUUGCAGAUCAAUGCCCAAAAUUGCAUCCAUUGCAAAACGUGCGACAUCAAAGAUCCUAGUCAAAAUAUCAACUGGGUUGUUCCAGAGGGCGGCGGCGGUCCAGCAUACAACGGCAUGUAAUCUCCACGCAAGAUUUCGAACGGAAUUCUCUUCCAUUUUAUACGCACAAAUUAAUUAAUAUUUUGUUAAUUCAAAUAUAGUCAUUUUUAUAUUGAAUGCAGAAAAUAAUGAAAUCGU